GAUUGCUGCUAGAAAGCUCUGUUUCUUUUUUGUUUUAUUUUUUUAGCUCCCUUAGACUUCUCCGUCGAGUAACCUCGCCGAGGUAUACUGUCUCAGGGUCAUUUUUGUUUCACCAAGUGCUCGUUUCACGGCAUUGCUUGUCCUCCAGUAUGAGUAUCUCCGGUGCUGCAGUUGGUUCAGGGAGAAAUUUUAGAAGAGCAGUUGAGUUUGGGAAAACUCAUGUCGUUAGGCCCAAAGGGAAGCACCAAGCAACUAUUGUCUGGCUACAUGGGCUUGGAGACAAUGGCUCAAGCUGGUCGCAGAUUUUGGAGACCCUUCCCCUUCCAAAUAUCAAAUGGAUUUGCCCGACUGCUCCUUCUCAGCCUAUAAGUUUGUUUGGUGGUUUUCCCUCCACAGCUUGGUUUGAUGUGGUGGACAUAAAUGAAAAUGGACCUGAUGAUAUGGAAGGAUUGGAUGUGGCUGCUGCACAUGUUGCAAAUCUGUUGUCGAAUGAGCCUGCUGACAUUAAAUUAGGUGUUGGUGGGUUCAGCAUGGGUGCAGCGACAUCCUUAUAUUCUGCAACUUGUUUUGCUCUGGGUAAAUAUGGAAAUGGCAAUCCAUACCCUAUCAAUUUAAGUGCAGUCAUAGGCUUAAGCGGCUGGCUUCCUUGUGCAAAGACACUGGCUGGCAAACUAGAAGAGGAACAGAUUAAGAACCGAGCUGCAUCGUUGCCCAUUGUAGUUUGUCAUGGAAAAGGUGAUGAUGUGGUACCAUUCAAAUUUGGGGAGAAAUCUUCAAAGGCCUUGCUUUCAAAUGGGUUCAAGAAGGUGACCUUUAAACCUUACACUCAACUUGGUCACCACACAAUCCCACAGGAGAUGGAUGAGUUGUGCGCAUGGUUGACAUCCACCCUCGCCCUCGAAGGUUGAGGCUUUCGAACGAUUGGGCUCUCUGAUGAAAAACCUGUAAUUCUUGAGAGCGUGAUUUAUAUGAAUGUCUCGGAAAUUCACUAUGUUUCGUUGAAAUAUUUGUGUAAGACAAUUUCGUCUCCAUCAAUGCCAAUGGUCAACCGAACUAUGCAA